AUGAAUUUGUUACCUAGUAAUUAUUCUUAUUUUAGAAGUCCCGAGUAUUGGAGGCAUUUCUAUUCAAAUUUGGAUAAUUUUGAAUGGUAUGUUAACUUUCAUGACAUCGAGGCCGCCUUCUACAAGAUUCUAUAUGAAAAAUCGCGUCUAGCAGAAUUCUACAAUGUAGAUUCACUUAUUUCCUAUGAACAAGUAUUGAACAGAAGUGAUUUCUAUAAGGAAAAUGUCGAUUUCAGCAAUAUAACAAUUAUAAAUAUUGGCACUGGUAAUUCAUUAUUACCUCUGGAACUUCAAAAGGCUAAUUUCAAAAGGGUUAUUAGUAUAGAUUUUGAACAAUCAGUAAUUGAGGCUAUGAAAAAAUAUGAAAAUGAAGUACUAAAGUGGCAAUGCGUGGAUGUGUCCACUAGUGACUAUUUAAACCUAUCCAAUCAAUUAGAUAAUGAUUCUGUUAAAAUAUUGCUGGAUAAGGCAUUUCUAGAUGCAUAUAUAAGCCAUGAUUCAGGAGAAUCUGUCGAAAUGAUUAAAGAUAAAGCUAAACUAUAUCUUAAAAAUAGUAUAUCAUUGUUAAAUGUUGGAGAUAUAUUCAUCAUAAUAUCAUUACUUCAGCCUUAUAUAAUUAAGGAGAUUAUCAGAAAUAUGUUCGGUGAAAAUAUUUUAAUCGACGUAUAUCCUAUUGUAAACUCAAUAAUCCCAUCAAAUAAUGGAUUAAAACUAAUUCCAUAUGUAAUUGCGAUAUAUAAAAUCGAUUAUCAAAUUGAAAAUAAGUAUCGAUGCCGUAUAUAUGGUAUAUCAGGGGUGCCAUCUCAACACUUUUCAAUAUUCAAUCUUUUAAAGGUUGUCAACGAGAUACAAUUCAGCUAUUACACUUUUAGUAUUGCUAAAAAUUUUAAUCCGGGGAAAAUGAUCAUUUUCCAUGUAGAUUCAAGUAACUCUGAUAUAUCUUAUUCCCUAAUGAUAUAUGACACUAAAGCUUUUAAUAGCAUUGUUAAGAAAUCUAAAGACAGCUUGAAAAGUGCAGUGGUAAUUGUGCCACCGGGAUAUGAACAAAGUCAUCUAUUUUCUACCAUUGAAGGUAAAGAUAAGCUGGCAAAUAGUUCUAAUUGUGAUCGACUUAUAAUUGUAUCUUUUAAUUGGUUAAAUUGCGCCAUUUUACAAUAUGAUUAUCAGAAAUUGUUAAAAAAGGUUAAAUCAGACCUUAAUCAAUUGUUUUUGAGAUUAUCUACAAAUGAUGAUAUACCUAUAAUGACUUUUGAAGAUGAUAAUAGGAUUAAAAGUUUUGUCGCAAAAAUACCAUCAAUGCAAUCCUACACCAUACUAAUUCGAGAUUUACUUACAACCGAAUCUAAUACCUUCAGUAGACAAUUAAUAUUCACUAGUUCGCCACAUACAGUACAAAGUGAAUUGUGCUAUCAAUGGGUAGACGGAGUGGAACAUUUUUUGUUUGAUAGGCCUUGUUUGGAACACCACAUAGCCAUCUGUAUGCCCAUAAUCAAUUCAAUAUCAAAUAUUGAUUCAAAAAUUGCAAUUUUAGGCAGUGGUGUUAAUGUAUUGUCUAAUCUAUUAAAUCAUUUACUUAAAAAUAAUAUUUGUUACCACUGUAUCGAUAUUGAUCAUGAAGUAAUAAAUCUGUCCGGUAAAUAUUUUGGCAACGAUCUAUCUAAUUUCACCAAGCUUAGUGAUGAAUUAUUUCAUUCAAAAUUCGAUGGAAACAUUGUUAACAUCCACGGGGAUGUAAUGAAAUACAUUAAUAUGGCCAUUAAAUAUUGCAAAAAUAGCUUUGGUGCAAUUAUUUUGGAUAUUAAUAAUUCAGAUGAAGAUAAGUGUGGAAUUAAUUCUCCAAAUAUACAUUGUAUCAGCGACAAUUUUCUGACAAAUGUAUCGCAAUUAUUAACAGAAACUGGAUUGUUCAUUGUUAAUGUAAUAACUACACAUAGUGAUGCAAAUAAUAUCAUUGUUACAGCGUUAAAACGGCAUUUUAAACACAUAAAAGCGAUUACUAUACCAGAAAUUGUCAAUAAAGUAUUUGUAUGUAGUAAUUUUGGACUUGAUGAUAAUUUGAUUGGUGAUUCUAUUGAAAAACUGAACAAACAAUUGAAAAUCACCUUCAUUGUGGAUGAGUGGAGUAUUUUAGACUAUUAA